AUCAGUGGCAUCCCCAGUAAUUUCACCUAAACUCCCUGCCUAUUUCUAAAAACUAACCCCCUCUUGAGUUUUAUGUGGCGCACUAUAGCAGGAGAGAAGAUGAACAAAGGAAAGAGAGAAGGAAAAAAACCUGAAAGUGAACACUCACAAAACUGAGAAAAAGAAAGCUCUUCCAAGUUUCAACUCGAAACAGUGACAUAAAAAUAAAAGAAAGAAAUACCAAAAUCCCUCUCAACUUAUUCGUUGUUUCUGUCUAUUUUUGUGGGGCUUUUCUUUUGUUGUUUUUUGCAACUGAAAAAAAAAUGGAGCAAAUUUUGGCUAUCUUCAAGCUUGAAGCUUGUGGCAUCAUCUAGGAGGAAAAUAUAAGCUUUUUUCUUGUUUUUCUUUGUUUAGUAGUUUUUGUUAAAGGUAAAAAAAGGGUUGAUGGGGAGAGGUUGCAGGAGAAUGAUAGCAGGGAACUUGGAUCCAGAAAGAAAAAGAAGUGGUGGGUUGAGAACGAAGCAGGCUGGUAGAGGCUCUUGCAGAGGAAGUUAGCUUUGCUGCUUUAUUUUUUUUUCCCUUAUGAA